CAGGGAUGCUUAACUACUACUUCCUCAUCUGGGCUGUAAUAAUGAGGAUCUCUGGCAGGCACCUGGCACCAAAAGGAGCCUCGUCCUCCUUACACCUGCGGUGCAUAGUGCUUUAUCCAAAGUGCAUGUCAUGCCACUGGACUCCACCGGAUGGUGCUGCAUCCAAUAUAACAUUCCACCUCAGAUAUAAGAUGAGGGGAGUAAUAGAAGCCGAAGAAUGCAAAGACUACGUCACCAGUGGCCCCAACUCCUGCUAUUUCAGCCGCACCAACCUGUGCCUGUACUUGACCUAUGAAAUCUGGGUGGAAGCUGGGAACCAGAUGUCAGAGAAGCUGAUUGUUAACACUGAAGACAUUGCUAAAACUGAACCACCAGAGGGCCUGAAGGCCACUGGAUUUGGCACCCACCUAUCCGUAGAAUGGGGGUACCCACCUGGCGUGGCAGCCUCCUAUUUCCCACUGGUGUUUGAGCUUCAGUACCAAGAACAGGGGAGUGGCGAAUGGGAGCAAGAGCCUGAUGUGGGUGAGCAGACCAGCUACUAUGUUUAUGGUGUGAAGCCAGACACCGUGUACAUCCUGGCGGUCCGCUGCAAGAACUCGGACGGGAAAGGCUUUUGGAGUGACUGGAGCACCCCAGUUCUAGUCAAUUCUGGCCAAGCCACAGCAAAACCAGAACAAUCUGAAGCACAGUGAAACAGAAGAUUCACCACACAAGGCAAUGGUUCAUCUAGCCCAGCAUGCUGCCUCUGGAAGUAACCUACAGCCAGUGCUUUGUUAACAGCAUCGCAAUAGACAGGGCAUGUGAA